GGCUUUGUCCCACGCUCCCGCAAAUAUGUCCCAAUAUUCCGCAAGGAUUAAACCUUUCCUGCCUGUCGACUUUUUCGGCCAUCAAGUACCCCGUCCGCUGCAGCGGAUUGAGUCAUUGCGUGAUGAUUUGCAGCCGAUUCUGAAGCUGUUAAAGUCGUACAUGGAAAUACUUGGUCAAAAGGGGAGUGUCGCAAAGCAUCUCCACAUGCCUCUUUUUAGUAGCAGGAUCGAAGACAGGAUAAAUGGUUUGUUCAGCAGCUCUCGACCACAGGUCGUGAAUUUGGCCAUCGACAAUAUCCAUUGUGGGGUUCAUCCUAGUUGGGUUGAUUUAAUCCAGGAAUCAAUCUCGAAAGAUCAAUUUGAGUUAUGCGAUGAGCACAGGUACCGCUGUUUUUUUCGAGGUAUCGCCAUGGAAAUGAGCAAAUCUGAUUGUGAUGCACUUUCAUCCGACGUGCUUCGAAAGUUGCUAGAGGCACCACCCGAGCCCGGCGAUAUGCAAACAGAGCGAGAGGCCAGAGCUCAGUUGAUUCAAGACUUGACAAACUUGGAAGAAGACAUCUCAGAAAUGAAUGGAAGGGUUCAGACAAUUCUCAAAACUAUGCAGGAGCAAGAUCCUCACUGUGAACGAGAUUCUCCAAGGCUACAAUCCUCAGAGCCACCCAUGGAAACCAAUAUGGGUGAUGUGGAUACAAACACAGAUCUCGCAAUUCACACUGAAACUAGAACCGCGGCAGAACCAAGCCUUGAACCUAGUUUGGACGGAGAGACAAGCAAUAGUAUUCCGAGGCUGAGCAUAUCUGGAGAGAAUAGUCACACACCACCAGUAAGGGUAGUGUCCGGAUGGAGCCCUUCGGAAAAAAGACAGUUACGCACUUUUUUAAAAACGCGGGGGCAUCUGAGUUGGUCCCGAAUAGCACAGGAAUAUGAGGAGAUAUUUCAUAAAGGAAGAAGCAUCUCAUCUAUCCGUGGUCAAGCUCGCUGUCUAGGUCUCUCCGUUGGACGCCAGUCAAGGAAAAAGCCUGGACGGCCAAAACGGCGUGAUCCGUUGGUGUUGAGAGUUCGUUUUCCAUCAGAUUCAACUGAACAGACUACAUCCACCGAGUCCGCCCCAACAAGAGCUCGUGUUGGCGAGGAUAUUUCUCUAGAGACCUCUGAGCACGGCUACCAAAUGCAAGAAGCGACAAGGUCGCCUGAGGAGGGUCUUCCAGUCAGUUCUUAUGUUGGGCCCAGUCUUCCUCCGAUGGGGCAAUUCAGCCCAAAUGAGAAUUCUGCAGAAUUUCGACAACCAAAUCAUCAACCACCAGGGUCCUUUGGCUUGAUAUUGAAUUGAAUAUCAAAGAACAUCUCGAUGACCAAGGGCGCGCUCAUUUUUGAAUGGAGGAAAAUCAAUACGCUGUAUUUUAAAAAUCCACAGGAUUUGAAAUCCGGAUCUGUAAAGUGUGGAAUUAGGCGUGUACCUUAUACAGGAAUGACGGCUUGCUUUAGCGACUACAGGAUUUGGUGGAUGGUUGGUUGAUUGGUCUCACACGCUGGUCCCUCGCAUUUACACAAUUUGCAACUAACUCAUAUUCAAGAUAACUAAUUCAUAACUUCAUUCUCCCGGGCCUUCCGAGCG